AUGUCUGCGAAGCUCGCGCAGUUGAGCGCGUAUGGCCGCGCCGAGGAGCACCUCGUGCGCAGGACGCCUCUGGGCGGGGUCAUCACGGUCCUGGGCAGUCUGCUGGCGGUGACGCUCAUGCUGAGCGAAAUCCGGCUCUACUGGAUGGCGCCCCUCGUCAAGGAGAUGAAGGUGGACACGAAGCACGGGCUGCUCCCGGUGCAGCUGUCUCUGACGCUUCCACACUGCCCGUGCUCGGCGGUCAACCUCGCCGUCGUGGACUCCUCCGGCGAGGCCGGCGCCGUCACGACCUCCAAGAAGUCCCGAAUCGUCAAGCACAGGCUCGACAAGCACGGCAAGAAGCUCGCGGACGAGGACGCGCUCGCCUGGUCCACGGGCGGCGCGAUGACGAUCGCGCAGAUGGCGGGCGACCUGGUCAAGGAGAUGAGUGCCGUCGUGAACGAGGUCAGGGCGGGCGAGGGGUGCCGCGUGGAGGGGCAGCUCGAGGUGCAGCGCGUGGCCGGCACGGUCAUCGUGUCCACGGGCGUCCACCCGCACCUCGUCGGCAUCGAGCUCGCCGACACGCUGUCGCGCGUGUCCAUGAACCACACCGUGCACCGGCUGUCGUUCGGGCCGUGGUUCCCGGGGCAGGCCAACUCGCUCGAGGGCCACGUCGCGGGGGAGCCCCAGCCGGGGGUGUUCAAGUACUUUGUCAAGAUUGUACCCACCACCUACCGCAGGGGGCUGGCGGGCGCGCUGGAAACGAACCAGUACUCCGUGACCGAGUAUUUCCUGCCCACGGAGGUGGCGGAGAAGCUGCCGGGGAUCGACAUCGUGUACGACCUGUCGCCCAUCGUCGUGGACGUGUACGGCGCGUCGUCGUUCCUGCACCACGUGACCAAGCUGUGCGCGGUGGUGGGGGGCUGCUUCGCGCUGACGGGCGUCGUGAACAGGCUCGCGCACUGGGUCGCCGGCGGGAAGGCGGCGCAGCUGAUCGCGGACCUCAGCAGCGGGGCGGCGCUGGGCGGCGGGGGGGUGGCAAUGGGGUCCUCGGACGUGUCCUUCGGCGUGUCCGCGGCGCGGCGAAGAGCCCACGACGCGCCGGCGAACCAGUGGGGCGACCAGGCGAACUGGUGA